AUGGUGUUUCAAAAUUAUACGCCGGAGCUAGAGUGGAUUGACCAGUCGGAUAUCAAUUCUCGUAGCCGCGUGCGAGCUCACGUUGCUCGAGAGCGGACACGACGUGUGUCAUGGCAAGAGCAAGAGAUCAUGAACAACCUACGAAAGAGAUUUCGGGGUCGCGUCCUUCCAUCAACCAAUGCAUCAUCCGGCGUUUUGGAUGAACACUACGCAUUCGCUACCAGCAGCCCAGAAUACCUGGGUGGCGGCCGCGGCAACCCUUUUGCGCAAUAUCUGAUUGAAUCAACCACUGAUAUGUUAGCGCUUUUGGAUCACUUCAUAUACUCACUGAAUUUUCGCCUUGAGACAAUUGACCACUGUGAGGCGGAUUUCAAUUCCUUUAAGAAACUAGCGUAUUCGGCUGCAGUAAACGAUUUAGCCGGGUUGUACGUGCUCCUUUUCUGGGCAGCCAGCGAUAGACACGGUCUGUACGCGCAAUCUGAUGCGACUGAGGCCGAGAAUUACCAGGCCGUGGCCUUUCGCAUCUUGAGCGAUCGUAUGAGCGAAGUCGACGUGGCGACAAACGAUGGUACAAUCGGUGCGGUCACUACCAUGGCAUGUUUCGAGGUACGAAACACCGAGGAUAAAUUUGUGCUCUAG